GACCCGCCUGACCCGUUCGGAAGAUCUAUUAUUAAAUCUAAUGAAUAACAACAAUAGAAAAAAGAAGAAAAAAGAAAAAAACAAAGUCACACAAUAUCUAGAUGUCGUUCAACUUGGCCCAAAUUGGUACAUUAUUGUAUAUGUGUAUGCAUAGAAAUUAAAUUACGUUGGUCCAAAUAGAAACCUUAUCCUAGCAUCUACCACACAAUCAUCUUAACCCCUCAAAAAAACCCACACUUCCCCCCACUUUUGACAAUAACAAUGGCAAGUCUAAAUUUCACCACACCUUCAACACUCCUCACUCUCCCAAAACAAACACAACAACCCAAACUCAUCACAAAACACCACCACCAACCAUUCUACCCCUUACCACCACCACCGCAACCACCGUCUCGACUAAUUUGUAACGGCUACAAAGUGGUGGUCGAGCACGACGGCGUGUCCACCGUCCUCGACGUCGACCCCGACGAAACCAUCCUUUCAAAAGCCCUCGACGCCGGCCUCGACACCCCCAAUGACUGUAAAUUGGGUGUUUGUAUGACUUGCCCUGCAAAGCUUAUAAGUGGGAAGGUUGAUCAAAGUGAAGGGAUGCUUAGUGAUGAUGUUGUUGAAAGUGGGUAUGCACUUUUGUGUGUUGCUUAUCCACGUUCAGAUUGUAGUAUUAGAACUAUUCCUGAAGAAGAGUUGUUAUCUCUACAAUUAGCCACUGCUAAUGACUAAACUUUUUAUUUAAUUGUUUUCAUUGUAAUUUCCAUCAUUGGCUUUUGUAUUUUUUUUCACUUUAAUUAUUGAGAAAGGUAUGUGUUUAAGUGAUAAUUAGGUGAGUUAGGAAAAUCAGUAAAUGUUAUUACACCCCAUUUGUUUUUUAAAAUGUUUGGAAAGAAUGAGAUAAAACUUUGGCAUCCGA